AUGGCGUUUAAGGUAUUUGCACUGGCUGCCCUUGUGGUCGUUACCAUCGCCCGACCAGAUAGCCCACCUAGAUAUGGCUACUCUGCUCCUACACCCUCUUACGCACCCGCCAAGUACGACUUCAACUACGCUGUCAACGACCCACCAUCUGGCAACGACUUCGGACAUCAGGAAGCCCGUGAUGGAGACAACACACAGGGAUCCUACUAUGUCCUUCUUCCCGACGGUCGUUUACAGAGGGUCACCUACAAUGUGAACGGAGAUUCCGGUUACGUGGCUGAUGUCGCCUACGAGGGAGAGGCUCAGUACCCCACCCCAAAGGCCUCCUAUGGUCCUCCUCAGCCUCCUACAAGCCACCCACUCCUUCCUAUGCUUAAGAAACAGAACUAACGAUAUUUAUUGAACUCGUGUCUUUGUAAAUACUAGAUAUUAAAAUGGCAAUCUUUAUCUUUAAUAGUUUUUUAUCCGGUAUAUGGUCUCAGUUGUAAUUUAGAAAGAAAGUGUUUUGAAUAUUAAAAGUACGCAUUCCUUCUUAGCUUGUUUUGUAAAAAAUCUCUUUAUUAAGAGAAAUGUUUUAGUGUAUCAAUGGCGACUGACUGAAAUACAGUCCAGCAUUUUAUUAUGAAAAAAGAAUCUGUAUGUGAUCUCUUGCUAUGGAGGACCUAUACUAGUUUGUUUUCACUGAUGAA